AAAGAGUUAUUUUUAAGUGAAAAAUAGAUUGGUGAGUUUGGAAUUAGCUUUUUUUUCCUUCACAAAUAUAGAUGAUCCCUUCGGAAAUUAUUCGGAUAAAAAUAGAGAAUUUGGGGUGGAUUGUGUUAUGUUGCAGCGUGCAAGCCGAAGGAACUAAUUUCUUUGUUUUCUAUUCGUAUUGAAUGAAAAGGAUUGGUGUAUUUGUGAAUUGUGCAGGAGACGGAGAGAAAUGAAUCAACUCUCAAAUGCGUUUUCAUUGCUGAAUUUGGAUGUUGCAGAUAGCCAAGCUGAGAUUACUAAUGGAGAUACUGAUAGAGUAACAGGAGAAGCUCAGAAAGAAGUAGAUGAGCGGGUUCAGAAGCUAGAAUCAGCUUCAGGAGAGUGCAAAUUGCCGCUUGUAUGGAUUGACCUUGAGAUGACCGGUUUGGAUAUUGAAGUUGAUAAAAUAUUGGAGAUUGCUUGUGUAGUUACAAAUGGAAAUUUGACAAAAUCAAUUGAGGGUCCUGAUUUGGUUAUACAUCAAGCUAAGCUGUGUCUAGACAAUAUGGGAACAUGGUGCCAAGAGCAUCAUGCAGCGAGCGGUUUGACUGAGAAGGUCCUUAAGAGUACAGUCACCGAAGAAGAAGCUGAAAAACUGGUUAUUGAAUUUGUGAAGAGAAAUAUUGGCACAUAUACACCAUUACUAGCAGGAAAUUCAGUCUACGUGGAUUUUCAAUUUUUGAAGAAAUAUAUGGCGAAUCUGGCUAGUCUAUUUUCACAUGUACUUGUUGAUGUUAGCAGUGUCAAGGCAUUGUGUCUUCGUUGGUAUCCAAGAGAUGGAAAAAAGGCACCUAAAAAGGAAAACAAGCACAGAGCUAUGGAUGACAUUAAGGAGAGCAUAGCAGAACUCAAAUACUACAAGGGACACAUAUUUAAAGCAUCCAAGUCCAAUAAGUAAUGGUGUGCAAAAUUUCCUAUUUCGUGGUUAUGGCUUCUUCUUUUAGGUUUUAGUAUAACCAACAUUAUGCUUGAUAGAAAUGUCUGCAAGUGUUUCAACAAGUAACCAAUUCAGUAGUAAGAUAUUAUCAUCUUAUGUGGCCUGGCCAAAAAGUGGAUGUGUGUGAAGGGAAAUAUCAGAAGAAUACUUCUUCUUGCCUUUACAGUAAUAGAUGAAAUCGGACUCGGUUGCAAUUUCAAAGACAAUGAAUUUUCCUUUCAGUUGGUUAGCAUGUUAAAGGAAUAUGCAAGUUGAUUCAAAUGGUUAUUUAAAUUUUCUCAACGAACGAUGUCUUUUCCCUUUGGACCUUAAAUCUAAUUUUAAAGCCAACAGAAGAGGGCUUACAAGUUGUCACGUUGUUUUGACAUUUGCAAGUACAUAGGAAGGAAGGUUCCAUUACAAUUUUUAGAAGUUCCAUGCUAAUAAUUAUUUUAGAGAGACAAAAGGGAAUGAUCUCCAGCCUGACUCAUUUGCUGAGAGUCUCAAACACAGCUGAAAAGUCAAGGUCUCCCAAGCCCAAGCUCCUUGCCUUCUUGAAUGUCUGGAGUAAAACAAGUGUCGACAAUAGAACAUAAAAAGGCUACUAGAAAGAGUAGUAUGAUGUUUAGAUCGGCUUACCUCAUUUGCAGCAGCUGCAACUGGCAUUGGCACUGCAUUCUCAUCUCCGAGUGCAAGAGCCAGCCUCAUGUCCUUCUGCUGAUGUUUCAGAGGAAAUGCGGGUGGGUAGCUAUUUUUUAUCAUGGCAGGUCCUUUCAUUUUGAACAUUGGGUUAGCUAUG